AUGCCCAUCAUCAGUAACGCCAACCACGACUUCAGCACCUACUCCAUCAGCAGCGACGACAGCAGCCUCGAUCGCUUCUUCACAGAGAUCCCGGAGACGGAAACCAUCAAAGGGGUUUAUUUCAAACGCGCUCAGCUGCUGCGGGACCCCGGAGCUUUGUACGUGGUCGACCACACCCUGCAGGUUCUGAUCAAUGUCGGAGGGAACCGCUACGCUUUCCCUUGGAGCACGCUGGAGCAGUUCCCCCAGAGUCGCCUGGGACGUCUGCGCUCCUGCACCACCCCCGAAGAGAUCGCCCGACUCUGCGACGACUACGACGAGACGUGUCGGGAGUACUUCUUCGACCGAAACCCGACAGCUUUCAGGGUCAUCCUCAACUUUCUGGCUGCGGGGAAACUCCGCCUUCUCCGGGAGCUUUGCGCCGUGUCGCUGCAUGAUGAGCUGGACUACUGGGGCGUGGACCCGGGCUACAUGGAGCGCUGCUGCCGGCGCCGUAUGAUCACCCGUGUGGAGGAGGUGGCCGAGCGGGAGCGUAAGGAAGAGGAAUGGAGGCAGAAGAGGAUGAUGCUGAAGAAAACCACCAAACAGAACGAGAAGGGCUACCGCCGGCUGACCGCCAUGCUGAGGGAGGUGGUGGAAAACCCUCAGUCGGGGCUGGCUGGGAAGAUGUUUGCCUGCCUCUCCGUGGUCAUGGUGCUGGUCACCGUGGUCAGUCUGUGCAUCAGCACCAUGCCAGACCUCCGAGACGAGGAGAACAAGGUGUGUGUCCAAAUCAGUCAGCACUGGAGCUUAAAGCGUUUUAAUGUGGUUGAUAAAGGUCCCAACGCCCAGAGCAAGCUGGCGUUCGCCCGCGGCCCUCUUAACAUCAUCGACGCCAUCGCCAUCCUGCCGUACUACGUGUCGCUGGUGUUUGACAUCAGAGACGAGUCGGAGGAGGACGUCAUCAUGGGGGCGGGCCGAGGAUACCUGGACAAGCUGAGUCUGAUCCUGCGUCUGCUGCGGGCGCUCAGGAUCCUCUACGUAAUGCGAUUAGCUCGCCACUCACUGGGCCUGCAGACGCUCGGACUGACGAUGCAGCGCAGCAUUCGCGAGUUUGGCCUGCUGCUGCUCUUCGUCUGUGUCGCCGUCACGCUCUUCUCUCCGCUGGUGCACCUAGCAGAGAGUGAGCUGGCGCCAUUUGCCGCCACGCACCCCCACCACAGCUUCAGCAGCAUCCCCGCCUCCUAUUGGUGGGCCAUCAUCUCCAUGACGACGGUGGGAUACGGAGACAUGGUGCCUCGCAGCAUCCCAGGACAGAUCGUCGCCCUGACCAGCAUCCUGAGCGGCAUCCUCAUCAUGGCGUUCCCAGCUACCUCCAUCUUCCACACCUUCUCGCGCUCGUACCAGGAGCUGAAGCAGGAGUACGAGCGACUGUGGAAGGAAGAGCGAGGGGAGGAGAUCGCCGCCGAGUCCGAGGAGAGCUGGUCCAAAGCCGACCUGUCACUGGAUGAGCAUCUGUCUGCGUCUGAGGAGGCAAAAGACGGCAAGACAUCAAACAGCUGUCAGGAGACCACGCUCCCGUCCACGGCGUUCUAA